AGUAUUUGAUGGAUCUAGCCAAACUGAGGCAAAGGGAAGUGUCCCUUCAUUAACAGGAAUGUGCCAGUGUUUAUGCACUAGGAAGGGGAGUGCCAUGAGAUCUACUGAAGAGACUAUUUCUGUGGCUGCAUACCUACAUAUGCUUGCACCCCUGCUGGGACUGAAUUAGGUGGUACCAGCAUCUUGGACCACUAGGUAUUGGAGAGUGACUUUUGCUGUUCGAAGGGUACCUCGCACAAGAACUGAAAGACACCACAGAUCUUUGUCAGAGACGCACACAGAGCAAGACCAUCUCCAGCCCUUCCCUUCCCUUCUGUAACUGCCUGCUAUACCAUGGGAUGUCGGCAAAGCUCUGAGGAGAAAGAGGCAGCGCGGCGGUCCCGUAGGAUUGACCGCCACCUGCGCUCUGAAAGUCAGCGACAACGAAGAGAGAUUAAGCUCCUUCUCCUGGGUACCAGCAAUUCGGGGAAGAGCACUAUUGUAAAGCAGAUGAAAAUAAUUCAUAGUGGUGGCUUUAACUUGGAGGCCUGUAAGGAAUACAAACCUCUGAUUAUCUAUAACGCGAUUGACUCUCUCACACGUAUCAUUCGGGCUCUAGCCACCCUUAAGAUAGAAUUUCACAAUCCUGACAGAGCCUACGAUGCCGUGCAGCUUUUUGCCCUGACGGGCCCAGCUGAGAGCAAAGGUGAGAUUACCCCUGAGCUUCUCGGAGUCAUGAAACGGCUCUGGGCAGACCCUGGCGUGCAGGAGUGUUUUUGCCGCUCCAAUGAGUACCAUCUAGAAGAUAAUGCUGCAUACUACUUGAAUGACCUAGAAAGGAUUGCAGCACUGGACUACAUCCCUACGGUGGAAGACAUUCUGCGUUCUCGGGACAUGACCACAGGGAUUGUAGAAAACAAGUUCACCUUCAAAGAACUGACUUUCAAAAUGGUGGACGUGGGUGGGCAGAGAUCUGAACGCAAAAAAUGGAUCCACUGUUUUGAGGGGGUUACAGCAAUAAUUUUCUGUGUGGAGCUGAGUGGAUACGACUUGAAGCUGUAUGAAGAUAACCAAACAAGUCGAAUGGCAGAAAGUUUGCGUCUCUUUGAUUCCAUCUGCAACAACAAUUGGUUUAUCAACACUUCCCUCAUCCUUUUUUUGAAUAAGAAAGAUCUGCUGGCAGAAAAAAUCCGACGCAUCCCCUUAACAGUCUGCUUUCCUGAAUAUAAAGGUCAAAAUACUUAUGAGGAGGCAGCAGUCUACAUCCAACGCCAGUUUGAGGACUUGAAUCGCAACAAGGAGACCAAGGAGAUCUACUCACACUUCACUUGCGCCACUGAUACCAGUAACAUACAAUUUGUCUUUGAUGCAGUGACAGAUGUCAUCAUUCAGAACAAUCUCAAAUAUAUUGGCCUCUGCUAAGAAUCCUUGGGCUUAAUCUGUUUUCCUGAAGUGACAAAAGAGGGGCUAAGCACUUCCACUUCUAGUGGAAAAAAAUGGGGCAAUACUUAGCCCAAGGAGAGAAAAGGGGAAAUCUGAUAUAUGUACACACUCUCUCUUAUGCCCCCUUAACCUGGUAUGUCAUUUUUCACAAAUCUAUGUUUUGGAGAGUGAAAACCUCCUCUCCAAAACACACACACACCCUCCAGUGAAAAAAAAACAAACAAACAAAAACCCCAAACCAAACAACUCAAAAAAACCUAAUUAAGAGAUUGAGGCCUAACUCUGUGGAGAUGUUUCCACCACAGUCACUGCACUUUUAUACCAUUUAUAUCAUUCCAUUUCCUAUAGUGGGAGUGUUAUCACGUUCUGUGUAAGAAAUAAUUCUUCAUCCAGUUGUCUUUAAAUUUUACUGACAUGAAGAUAUAAAGCUGGUGAGUGACAGAUGACCUUGCUUGCAGGGUGUGGAGCAGAAAGGUUAUGUUGGGGAGAAAGGCUAGUUCAAACCAGAAGCUACAGAACAGGGGAGUUGAAGCAAAAUACUACUUAAAUUUGUCAAGAAUGGGCAUGCACCUGCAAUAGCGGUACACACAGCCAAACAGUAUAUACACAUCCAUCAUGUACGAACAUGCACAUGACUCACAGCACAUACUGUGUACACACUUCUGCUUUACUUUACUGUUUAUCAUGGACACCUUUGCCUAUUAAAGGAAUUGUUGGUGCGCAACUGUUCUGUGAUUUCCAAACUGAUUAGCAGCUCUAUCUGCUCUUUGAGGCUUCAAAUAUGCAGCAAAACUACAUGAAAUGAAUCUAUGAAAAGGCCAAAUUAAGGUCAGUGUUUCUUCUACUGGUAAGGAGUUUUAUACAUCAAAACAGUCUUCUUUUACAUCUUUUUUUGCCAAAUCUUGUGGUGUUUCACAAAAACCAAACUAUAUUUAAGAAGUAGAUUAGUGUUCAUUUUUUAAUACAGCUAAAAUAAUAAAUCACAAGGCAAUUUUUUAAAUUAUUGUUGUAGUGUCUGGAUUGCUGGAUGUGAAAGUUGCCAACGGACAAUUCUGUUCCACUGCUCCAAAUACAUUCUGGGAAUUGUUAUAUUUUAACAGAUUUCCCAAGAAGCAGGAGCUAUGGAGACUGUGUAGUAUAUAGCCUCCAAAGGCUUUUUUUUUGUUGUUUUUUAAUUAUUUUAAAAAUGUGAUGUAUUAUUAGAAGGUUAAAGAUGAGCGAUAUGAACAAUAACUAAAUGUCUUGAUAUUUCAAUUUAAUAAUUUAAAUUAUUUACAGUUUAGUGAAGUUAAGAAAACUGAAGAGAUGCAUUCCUCAGCUCCAGGUUUCAUCUCAUAAAGAAACACUACUGGAUGGAUUAACAUUCCAGCAAAAGUUUGAAUGCAUAAGAAGCUCUGUGGGACUAUACUGGAAAAUCUCAAAUGGAUCAUAUAGACCUAAGUCCCUGGUCAGUUGAUUCUUUCCCCUGCCAUAGAAAAGACUUCUUAAAGACUUCAGUGUAAAGUUGGUGUGUAAAUAUAUGUUUGAUAAUUGUAAAGCACAUACGUACACAGAGACACAGACACACAUGCACACUGGAAAAUAACCUACUUUUGUUCCCCCUAUGUACUAUGAUUAGUGCAAGAAAUCUCAGCCAAGGGCUCUAAGAAAUUUAAAACAAAGUGGUUAAUAACAUCAACAUUUAAAUGGUCCACUUAAAAAAAUAAAUAAUUAAAAUAAUA